AUGUUGUUUGGCUUUGGAAGUCAUGUCUUUCCUACAGCUUUCUGUCUUGUAUACUUGCAAUCAUCUCUGACACAGACGCAAUCAUCUCUGAUACAGAUGCAAUCAUCUCUGACACAGAUGCAAUCAUCUCUGACACAGAUGCAAUCAUCUCUGACACAGAUGCAAUCAUCUCUGACACAGAGGCAAUCAUCUCUGACACAGAGGCAAUCAUCUCUGACACAGAUACAGUCAGCUCUGACACAGGGGCAAUCAUCUUUGACACAGGUGCAAUUAUCUCUGACACAGAUGCAAUCAUCUCUAACACAGAUGCAAUCAUCACUGACACAGAGGCAAUCAUCUCUGCAAACAUGCAAUCAUCUCUGA